AUGACCAAAAGUAGGGAUAGUACGAAUCUGGGAGAAGACGAUACAUCUGUCAUAACUAAGAAAUCAGAUAUAGGUCAGCAUUUUCUACGUGCUGCCCGUGCUGGAAAUAUUCAAAAGGUUUUGGUACUCAUCAAUGAGCACAACGCAGAUGUACAUGCCUGUAAUGCAAAUGGGUUAAAUGCGCUUCAUUUAGCUUCAAAAGAAGGUCAUGCAGAAGUUGUACGUGAAUUAAUUGAACGUGGUGCAAAACCGAAUACUGCUACAAAAAAAGGGAAUACAGCUUUACAUAUUGCAAGUUUAGCUGGUCAAUUUGAAGUGGUUAAAUUAUUACUAGAGGCUGGAGCUGAGGUGAAUAUUCAAGCUCAGAAUGGUUUCACUCCAUUGUAUAUGGCUGCUCAAGAAAAUCAUUUGGAAGUUGUACGUCUACUAUUAGCCAAUGGUGCCAAUCCUGGUUUAACUACAGAUGAUGGUUUUACACCACUUGCUGUAGCUUUACAACAAGGUCAUGAUCGUGUAGUUGCUUUAUUAUUAGAAAGUGAUUCUCGUGGUAAAAUCUGUUUACCAGCUUUACAUAUUGCAUCUAAAAAAGAUGAUAUUAAAGCUGCCAAUUUAUUAUUAAAUAGCGAUGUCAAUGUAGAUCAUCAAUCAGCUAGUGGAUUCACUCCACUUCACAUCGCUGCACAUUAUGGUAAUGUGAAUAUGACUGAAUUAUUGAUAUCACGUGGUGCUAAUAUUAAUUUUCAAGCUAAAAACAAUAUAACUCCAUUGCAUGUAGCAUCUAAAUGGGGUAAUCAAGGUGUAGCUGAACGUUUAAUUACAGCUGGUGCGGAACUUGACUGUCGUACACGUGAUGGAUUGACACCAUUACACUGUGCUGCUAGAUCUGGACAUGAUACAGUUGUUCAAUUAUUAUUAAGUGCUGGAGCACAUAUCUCUGCUAAAACAAGGAGUGGUUUAAAUUCAUUACAUAUGGCAGCUCAAGGUGAUCAUGUAGAUACUGCACGUUUACUUUUACAACAUGGAGCACAAUCUGACGAUCCAACAAUUGACUUUUUAACCGCAUUACAUGUUGCUGCACAUUGUGGUAAUGUACGUGUAGCAAAAUUAUUACUUGAGCGUGGAUGUGAUGUCAAUGCAAGAGCAUUGAAUGGAUUUACACCUUUACAUAUUGCAUCUACAACAGAGUCUGGUUUAACACCAUUACACGUUGCAUGUUUCAUGGGGCAUCUAAAUAUUGUCGUUUUAUUAUUACAACAUGGUGCUAAUGCAAAUGCACCAACUGUACGCUGUGAAACUAGUUUACACUUGGCAACACGUGCUGGACAAAUUGAUGUAGCUCGUCUACUCUUACGUAAUGGUGCUCAAGUGGAUGUGAAAGCUAGAGGCAACCAGACACCACUUCAUAUAGCAUCACGUAUUGGUAAUUUAGAAUUAGUCACUUUACUAUUGGAAUAUGCUGCUAAUGUACAGUGUUCAACCAAAGAUACUUAUACAGCAUUACAUUUAGCUGCAAAAGGUAAUCAUAAAGAGAUAUGUGAACUAUUAUUAAAAAAUGGAGCAGAAUUAGAAAUAACAACGAAGUCUGGUUUCACUCCAUUACACUUAGCUGUGAAACAUUCGCAUUUAGAAACAGCUAGAUUUUUACUUUUAUCCGGUGCUGAUAUGAAUGCAGUUGGACGUAAUGGUUUAACACCAUUACAUUUGGCUACACAUUACGGAUGUUUACCUAUGGUUGAAUUAUUACUUGAACAUAAAGCAUCUCCAGUUUCACAAGCUAAAAAUGGUUUUAUUCCAUUGCAUAUUGCCGCAGAAAAACAUUUAGUGGAUAUUGGCAAAUUAUUAAUUGAAGCUACUGUUGACACUAAUAAUAAGAAUAUGAAAAAUACUAAUGAUAAUGGCGGUUGUGGUUUCGAUGGUGGUUGCUGUAGUAUACAAUCACGUAAUGGUUUCACUCCGUUACAUUUAGCUUGUCAAGAUGGAAAUGAGAAAAUGACUAAAUUACUAAUUGAUUCUGGAUCUAAAGUAAAUGCUUUAGCGAAAAAUGGCCUUACAGCAAUGCAUUUAGCAGCACAAGAGGAUAGUGUUAAAGCUGCAGAAUUAUUAUUUAACGCUGGUUCUGAGUUAGAUUUGAAAACAAAAGCAGGAUAUACUCCUUUACAUACAGCUUGCCAUUUUGGUCAAGUAAAUAUGGUUCGAUUUUUACUUGGCAAAGGUGCUGAUGUAAAUGCUAUAACAUGUAUGGGAUCAAAUGCUUUACAUUUAGCUGCACAACAAGGUCAUUCGACAGUUAUUUACAUUUUAUUAGAAAGUGGUGCUAAUCCAAAUAUGCGUAACAAGUAUGGUUGGACACCAGCGCAUGUUGCUCGCCAUCAACAUUAUUUAAAUAUAUUUGAAGCAUUACGUCAGGUAACUACAUGUGUAGAAUCAUGGGAGCAUGAAAAUACCGAUGAAUUGCCAAUGAAUGCAGAAUUGGCAUCAUCUAUGUCAUCUGGUCCAGAGUAUCAUAAUUCUUCUUUGAGUAGACAACAGCAUAUCUCUGCUAAUCGACUUGGUCUUGAACAUCCAGACAUGAUGAGAGAUAAUCCAAUUACAGAUACUGAAGAAGAAUGUAUUGAACCGGAUUUCACAAUUAUGCCAUCAUCACCAUUAUUUUCACGUGCACAAAGUAGACAGAGUCUUAGUCAACAAAUACACAUACAACCACAACAACAACAAUAUGUUCAACAUCAUCCACAAUCUCAUCACAAAUCAGAUAACAAACAUUCUGAUGAACAACAACAUUAUGGUCAUCGUAGUGGUGGUGUGAAUCACGUUAAAAUAGCUCCAGACAAAUUAUCAAAUGUAUCAGGUGAAGAUAGUAUACAUGAAGGCACAACAGCCGAAAAUGCUCACGCACUUAAUUGGCGUGAUGGACAUUUAAAUUAUGGUACCAGGGAAGUUGGAUUGUCUGAAACUCGAAUAAGUCGAGAUUAUGCUGAACUCGGUAUGGCAGGUGCUCCAAGUUUAACAGGGUUUUCCGGACUAGUCGAAUGGGAUUUCACCCCAGACAAUGUACCGAUUCCUCGAAGACCUAUAGCUUCAGGCUUUCUUGUAUCAUUUUUGGUGGAUGCACGUGGUGGAUCGAUGCGUGGUAGCCGUCAUCCAGGUCUACGAAUUUUAGUCCCACCAAGUGCAGCAAGUGCACCAACACGUAUUACCUGCCGUAUGUUACGACCUGAACGUACAGCUCGACCACCUCAAUUGAAUGAUUGUGAAGGAUUAGCUUGUCGUAUCAUUGAGUUAGGACCGCAUCCAUGUCGUUUCAAUUCACCAGUUGUGUUAGAAAUUCCACAUUUUGCUUCAUUACGUGGUCGUCAACGUGAACUCGUUGUAUUACGUAGUGAUAAUGCUGAAAUAUGGCGUGAACAUUCACUAGAAGCUACAGAUCAAGCAGUUCAGUCAGCUGUAGGUCAAAGUUUCGACACGUUAGAGACGCUGGAAGAACUUCGUGCGAAACGUAUUAUUCGUAUAUUGACUAAUGAUUUUCCACAAUAUAUGGCAGUUGUUAGUAGAAUACGCCAAGAAUCAUCUUUAGUUGGUUCAGAUGGUGGUGUUCUUAGUUCAACAGUUGUUCCACAAGUUCAAGCUGUAUUCCCAGAAGGUGCACUACAGAAAAGAAUUCGUGUCGGUUUACAAGCUCAGCCAAUCGCUCCAGAGUUAGUUACACGAUUAUUUGGUAGUCGUGUUACAGUCUCGCCAAUUGUCACAUUAGAACCACGUCGUCGUAAAUUUCAUAAACCAAUCACCUUAACUAUACCAUUACCGAAAGCUGUUGUUCGUGGUAUGCUGAAUCCAUCGGUGAAUGAUUUAAAAUCACAAAAUGUACCAAGUUUACGAUUGUUGUGCAGUAUUACCGGUGGUACAGCGCCAGCACAAUGGGAAGAUAUUACUGGAUCUACACCAUUGUCUAAAGUGAAAGAUUGUAUCUCCUUCACGACAACAGUUUCAGCGAGAUUUUGGCUAAUGGAUUGUUCAGCUGUACAUGAAGCUGCAGAAUUUGCAAGUAUGCUGUAUGCCGAAGCCACGUUAGUUCCAUAUAUGGGUAAAUUUGUUGUAUUUACCAAACGUUUGGAUAUGGAUGAAGCAUUAGUUCGAUGUUUCUGUGUCACAGAUGAUAAAGUAGACAAGACUUUGGAAUGUCAAGAAGGUUUUGAAUUGUGUGCUGCUUCACCAGAAGUUGAAAUAAUUGAAAGUCGACCAGUUUGGCUGGAAACAGCUGGUAAUUUAUUACCUGUAGCAAAAUUAAGUGAACAAUUACGUUUACAUUUCAAUGCAUUCCAUGAGAAUAGACUUGCAUUUCCAGUACGUGUAAAAGAUCUUCAACAAGAAGCUAUUAGUAAAUUAGCAUUUAUGCGUGAACCACGACAACCAAUUCGAGAUGGAGAUGGUGAUUCACAAUAUAUCUAUCAUGAAAUAACUCCUGUUCAAAAACCAUUAUGUACAUUAGAAAUUCGACUUAGUUCAGAUAAUGGUGUUAAUGGUCAACACGGUCUUGAUCUUUCAUUGAUUGGUUUAGAAAAUCAUCCAGAAUUUUUAGAUCAAUUAAAUGAAACUAGUGCAGCUGAAUUAACAAUGGGUUCAUUAAGUUGUGUAUUCCCAUAUCCUAAACGUGUUAUUAAUGAUGAACAAAUUCUUAAUGGACAAAAUAAUGAAAUUAAUAAACCUAUUGGUGGUAAUUUGGCAUCAACUUAUACAUCAGAUGUAAUUGCUCGUAGUCAAAUUGAUUUACUGCAAGUUGCUAGUGAAAUUGGCUCAGAUUGGCCUAAACUAAUCGAAUUCCUUUUACCUCAAUCUCAUUUAAAUAGUUCAUGUACUGUGAAUCAAUUAGUUAAUUGGAUUAAUGAAAAUGAACCAAAAUGGCAAAUUAAAAGAAAUCAGUUAGCUAUGGAAAUGGGUAAAAUAACAGGAGAAAAUGACGGAGGUGAUGUAGUUGGCAGUUUUGGUGGUCCAAUUAGUGUAAAUGAAUUACGUACAAUACAAGAUCAAGCAUUAGCGGUAUUAUUGGCAUGGCGUGAAGAAAAUGGAGAUUCAGCCACAGGUAAUGAAUUAGAUUAUGCACUUCGUCGAAUCGGUCGUGAAGAUGUCAUUAAAUCAUGUAUGCGUGAUAUUCGUUAUGUACUUGAUGCUGAUGAACAUGCAAAGGCUACGCGUCAAAUAGAUGAAGGUAAACGUUCAGAUCCUGUGAAUCCUAAUUUGUCAGAUCCUUUCUCAACUUCUCUAGCAGCAACAUCAACUUUAAUGUCUGGCAUGAAUGACAUAACAGCUAAUGAUGUUGGUGAUCAGUCUAUGAUUGGCUUUGAUAGAAUAGAUGCAUUAAAACAUCCAGAUGUAAGGAUUACUCCGAUGCCAGAUGAAUCAGAGCUGAUUCCUCAAACUCAUCUUGGCCUAGAUAGUCAAAGUCCAAGAAAAUCCGAUGUCAUUAUUCAUGGUAGUGGUGAUGAAGAAGAAGAGGGACGACCUUCUCCUGCUUCACAACAAGGUCAGACUGAAGUAGAAGAAGACAAUGAAGAGUUUUGGCAACAACAGCAACAUCAAGCAGGAAUUGAACCAGCUUGUUCAACUAGUCAACAAGGUGGUGAUCCAAUGGUUGUACAGAAACAUGAUGAAAUAAUUGUACAAGAAGAAGCAGAUAUAAUUCGCGACAGUGAAUCAAUGAGCAGUUCUGAAUUGAUUGCAUCUACUUUACAAGGUUCUCAACAAGAGAUAUAUGAUACAGAUGCGAAAAUUGCAGGCACAUUAAAGUUAGAAGGUGAAGUUGAAGAAGAUGCACUUCAGAGUCAACGACAGCUGGAAAAUAUUGGAGGUCAUCAUAGAGAAGCGGACUUAUUAUCACCUACACAAAUUCAUCAAGAAGAACAUAGUAUUACUAGUUUAUCAGAGGAUAAUAACGGUGAUGCUGGUUUAAAACAAUUAACAAGUGCCAAUAAUACCAACACUAAUGAUAUAACAACUUCAACUAGAUCGCAACCUACUAGUGAACAUCGUUGGGAUCAAGAAGAUGAUCUAUCAGAUAUUGUUUUACAAAACGAAACUGAUAAAAUGAGUGAAACCGAUAUUCAGUCGUCACAUGAAGUGACGAAUAAUGAAACACCAGAUGUAGAUAUAAGACAUGCUCAUCAUGUUGGCUAUACAUCAGAUCAACCGAUAGAUAAUAAUAAUAGUAGUAUAAUGCAAAAUCUUGAAGCAUAUAAUGAACAAGAUGUUAUUGGUGAUAAUGAAUUGGAUGUUAUGGAAUCAUCAAGACAACGACAAGAUAAUUCUAAUGAACAUCAACAACAACCUUCAAUCGUUGCUUCAUCAAAUGCACAUCAUGGUCUUGCAUCUAUUCCACAUAAUGAAGAUGGUGGCAAUGCUGGUGAAUAGAAAAAAUUCCUUAGAAAAAAGAAAUACAGAACAAUAGUAACAACAAAUUAAACGAAACAUCUCGAAGAGAAAAUCCGGUUUCAUGUAGUUGUUAUUUGUCAUGCUUUUUUUGUGUAGAUUUUGUUUUAUAUUCGUUAUCACUUUAAUUGUUUUCUUCUUUAUAUAAGAACAAUAAGAAUGUGAGUUUAUGAUGAGAGGGCAUUGGGGAGAAAAGCUAUUCAUUGCAUUAUUGUUGUCUAUCUUUCUUUUUGUUUUCCACAUUCUCUCAUAUGCACAAACUUCGCUAUGCCUUAUCUAGUCAUUAAAAAAAAAAACAACACAGCAUCGAUGUUCGUUUCACAUGUGUUGUACACUUGCACACACACACACACACACCAUCAUCCGUUCCUCUUUCGUUGUACUCCUUCAAUGUUCGACUUACCAUAUUCUAUAUAUUGCUUGAUUUCUUUUUCUGACUACAUCUCGCAAUGCAAUACAAUAUUUUAUGCAAGUCAUAAUAAUAAAUAAUUAUGUAAUUUUAAUUUCUAUGUAUUAUUUUUUUUGUUUCUAUUUUAAUUGAUAAAAUGGUUACACUCUUUACUCCUAUUUGAAUUAUGGUUAUUGUUAUUGUUAUUUGAAGAGAUAAUUCAAGAUGUGGAAACCUUUCAAGGAAUAUACAGUAACGAGAAAACAUACACACACACACACACUGAGAAGAAUCAUUACAAUUCAAUAAACAUACAAAGUUUCCCUAUUACUAUUUUGUUUGUUUGUUUUCUUUUGAUGUAACACGAGAAUUUUCGUUUGUUUUCAUCCGAAACGAUGAUUUUAUGUUUGAAUGUAGAGAAUUUUCUAUUGAAUGUUAAUCUGAUCUUUCGAUAUAUGGGUGUGUUGUUGUUGUUGUUUUUCCUUCAGUGCUACAGGAUACUUUAAUUCGUUAUUCUCUUUACUUUUCUUGUUCUAUCAUACAACAAUCUUUAUGUUAUUUUCAAUUGUUUGUUAGCAAUAUACAAAUAAAUAAUGCUUGAAUAAUAAUGGUUAUAUAA